AUGGAGAAUUGUAAUAAUGUUGAAGGCAGAGGAAAUAGCACCUACAGACUGAUUGAAAAUGUGAUUUCAGAACGUGAGAAUGAUAGAACAUAUACAGUGCACGAUAACCAGUAUGGUAUACAACCCAUAACAGAUUGUGUAGAAGAUAUAGACCAGCUGACACAAAAUAUAGUAAUAGAUGAGGAUCAAGAACCUAUAUUUUUGCAGUUUCUUCUGAUAUUGGCUGAAACGAAAGAAAUCANGAACUUCGUACUUAAGAAAUUAGACCAAAAAAAGAACAUAAAAUUUCCGGAAUCCCUACAUGAAGAAGUACUUCUUGUUGAAAUAACGGAAGAACUAAUUUUGAAAAAGAAGCUGAUGUUCCGGAAAGAAAAUUGGAAUAGUGGCUCUUCUUAUUUUUCAUAUUCAAACAAAAUGUUUGAUGUGAUAUUUAUAGUAGGUGAUGAACCUUACAAAAAGCGUUUUAAUGCCCAUAAAUCGAUGUUAUCCCGUGCUAGUUAUUUUCAUCAGAUUUGCUGCGAGAAACAUGAAAAUGAGAAUAAAAUCGAAUUACCAAACGACGAACCUGAUGAUUUUGAAUUAAUGCUCAGUUGCAUUUAUGAUAAUAAAAUAAAAAUUACAACCCUACAACAUGCAUGGAAUCUUUUAAAUCUUGCUAAUAAAUAUCGUAUAUUAAAAUUGAAAUGGCAUUGCAAAAAGUUCAUUUUGAAAUCCAUAAAUUGCAUGAAUGUCUGUAAUAUUUAUGAGGAAGCAUCAUAUCUAGAAGAAGAAGAUCUUAGAUUACAAAGUUUAAAAUUCAUUAUCAAUAAUACCGAAGAAGUUGUUUCGAAAAAUGGAUUAAAAGGUGCUCAUCCCGAUACAUUAUCAGUUAUAUUAAAACAGAAAUUUUUAAAUAUCAAAUCCGAAUUACAACUAUUGAAAGCUGUAGUGGAAUGGGCAAAGUUGGAAAGUUCUAUUAAAUGCUAUGACACUGCUUCAUUUAAUUUAAGGAAAAUAUUAGACCCUUUGCUAUACAAUAUAUACUUUCUUCGUUUGAGAGCGGACGAAUUUUUAAAACAAACGAUUUUAUUUGAUAUUUUUACUAAAAAUGAAAUAGUUGGUAUUCUAACUUGCAUAGUCUCAAAUGAUUUAUCUAAUCUUCCAAAUUGGUGUAACAUAAAUAAGCGUGCACGCAAUCUAAAAGACAACAUGGAGAAAUCGUGGAUGAAUUUAUGCUUUUGCCAAAAUAAAAGCGAGAAGGAUUUAAAUAUGAUUCGAUGUACUUUUCAAGCAAAAGAAAAAGGAUUUUUUCUUACAGGAGUAGGAUUUCUACCUUCGAAUAAAUGCGGCAUUUUUAUCAAGCAAUUAAAAGGAUUUCUAACUGUAAAUACGGGUGACGAAAUUGAAAUCUCAUCAUUUCAAAAGUACGACAGUUUAAAUAUAUCAGAACAAAUUGUUAAAUUUUUCGAACCAAUUCUGAUAAAAAAGAAACAAACUUUUGAAAUAAGUCUUGCAUUGGAUGAAGAUUCUCCAUUAAUCCAUCGUUGUAAUCAGCGCUUUCAAUAUUUAAAUACGGCAUUUCCAUUUUCAGUCAGUUCAUCAGAGAUUGAAAAUCCUUGUUAUUUCAGUUCUAUUUAUUAUUUAGAUCUGAAUUAAUUAAAUUAACCUAAAUUCAGCAAUGUUUAAAAAUUAAAAAAUGCUUCUUUAAAA